CGGGCGGCUUGUGUGACAGAGCAUUUUUUCGACAUUAUCUGAAACCCUAGAAAGCUUUUCUCUCUUAUUCUUUCUCAAAUUUAAGAUCUCGAUCUUCUACAAUGUUGCGUUUAUGGGUUAGCGGUUCUGCGUUGAAUGCUGUGAUGAAGUCUGUUCGGCCUAUUCUGGAAGAUGGUAAUCAUGUUUUGGUUUUCUCCGCCAGUGGGGUUCUCCUGAAUGGCGCAGAUAGCGAAGAAGUAAUCGUUGUGAAUGCUGACAUCAAAGCUUGGAUAGAAAUCAAAUCUGACACCGGUUACAAUGACGAUUUAGACGCGCCGCCGUUUACCCUGACCUAUCUUGAACUCCCUGACCUCAAGGCGCCACCACCACUCCUACAACUCCCUGAACAUUCUCAUGCCACUGUGAAACUCCCCUCAGAAAUGUUCACUAUGAUUAUUGGAGAGCUUUGCUUCACUGAUGAGCGUGGUAACACCGCUCGUUGUGUAGAUGAUAGAAUGGGACCUAUAUCAGUUCCUGAUCCUGAAGCUAGCCGCUUAGCGGAUGAUGAAAUUGUGAUAUCUGUGACAAAUGAAGGCAUUAAGUUCUCUAUUCGAGGUUAUUCUGUAUUUCUUGAGCGGGACAGAGCAAUGUCCUUCAAGUUCCAGCAUCCAGUGUCCUUAAAAUUUGAAGCUGGCCUUCUGGAGCUGUUAAUAGAUGCUAGUCUUUGGUCUUUGUCAGUAACCAUGCGGUUCUAUCCGGACUCUCCUCUUCGGCUCCAGUUCAACAUUGCAAAUGGGCAGAAGUACAGUGGGUCUGGUACAAGAGAUUCGCAGGUGAAAAAGCAUGUCAUGUGUUUCGAUGUGGCAGUAAUAAGAGAUUCUGGUAAAUGUUAGAACAUUAUUUAUAUGAAAGAUGCUUAAGAGGCCUUUCUCUUUGUGGUCAGUAAAAUAUUUUAAUUAUCUGUAACAAUAUUACAGGAUCGAUUAAAAGUUUCUGUAUGAAAAGAAUUUGGUAACUAGUAUUGUCUAUUGAUGAUUUGUAUGAUGAAUUGGAAUAGUUAUUGCCCUUGAAUACAUCCUUUAAAAUUGAUGUUGAGGUAUAAGACUAGUUGUAAAAACCGGACCCGGAAGUGGCCCGGAGAGAUAACUAGUGGUCAAUCUGGUCAACGAUCGAUAAACCCGG